UAUUACAAGCCAGAUAGCAUGCCAACUAGGCGCUUGGAGUCCGGAGUCUGUUCCUUGUGUACAAAUCCUCUAAACUCUCUCGAAGAAAAGAUUUACAAGCUCAAUUGUUCUCACGUUUUCCAUGACUUUUGUAUACGUGGCUGGUGCAUAGUCGGCAAGAAAGACAUCUGCCCCUACUGCAAAGAAAAGGUUCGAUUGAAAGAGAUGUUCAAGAAUCCAUGGGAGAAACCACAUAUUCUCUUCGGGACCCUGCUUGAUUGGAUACGCUACCUGGUGGCCUGGCAACCCGUCAUCCUUUUGGCUGUUCAUCUACUUAACACUUUGCUCGGGCUUAAGUAG